AUGAGUUCUUCACGGAGAAAAACCGCGCGUAUAAUCUUCGUUGCCAUGGUCCUGGCCUUAAACUUCACACAACUUGCAGGACUGCCAACUUCUUCCAACCCUUACGAUUCAGGGAGAUACUUGGCUGAAGCAGAUAGUGUUUCAGAACCAAUUAAGCAAUCAGAUGAUACCGUGAGAAUCGACCCUUUGGAAAAUUUCAAGAAAUACAGAGGAGGAUAUGACAUAACAAACAAGAAUUACUGGAGUUCUACUGCCUUUACGGGGAUAUAUGGAUAUGCAAUUGCAGUAGUUUGGCUUCUAUGCGGUGUUGGAUAUGGAGGGUUUCUUCUUGUAACGAGAACCUGUUGUAGGAAUAACAGAAAGCUCAAGAAGAGAUCACCUUGUCAUAAGCAGUGUUAUCUACAGCCUCUGCUAUUGGCCACUUUCUUUACCAUCCUAGCUGUAACUGCAACUGGCCUGGUUCUUGGAGGGAAUGCGAAGUUCCAUUCCAGAGCAAAGACUGUGAUAGACAUUAUCAUUGAUACAGCAGAUGAUGCAUCAGAUACCAUACGUAAGGCGACGGGAGCAAUGAAGAACAUGAGUACCAAUUUGGGAGAAGCUAAUGGAAGUACUGAGGCUACAAACUUCCUAACUUCUACAUCUCUAAGGCUCGACUCUCAGGCCUCAGACAUAGAAAGACAAGCAAGGAAGAAUAGAAGAGCGAUUGAUAAGGGCCUCAAGAUAGUGUACAUAGUUACUACGUUGACAAUUUCAUUGAAUUUGGUUGCCGUAAUUUCUCUACUAGUUUUUCGAGUACUAAAAUUUCGGAGGAUUCUUUCAAUAUUAAUUGCACUAUGCUGGAUCCUCACUAUCCUCUACUGGGUGUUCUUUGGGAUCUAUUUCUUCCUCGGAAACUUUGUUGGAGACACAUGCACAGCACUUGAAAGCUUCCAACAGGACCCGUACAACAACAGCUUAAGCUCCAUUCUUCCAUGCGAUGAUUUGCUUUCAGCAAAAUCUGUCUUAACUGAUCUUAGUGCCGGGGUUUACAACCUGGUGAACGAGGUGAACAAUAACAUAUCUUCAUCAUAUGCAAACAUAGUUCAAAUUUGCAACCCUUUCUCGCCACCCCCUGAUUAUGAAUUUCAGCCCGGGAAUUGUACAGCCAGUUCAAUCAAAAUAGGAGACAUCCCCCGGGUAUUGAGAAUGCUGACUUGUCCUGGUUCGGUGGGUGAUACCUGUAAUGGAGGGAUCCUAAUUCCGGCUAACAAUUUCAAUACUGUAGAGGCUUACUCAACUUCAAUACAAGAGUUACUAGACGUUUAUCCUGGUAUGGAACACUUGGUUGAAUGCCAGAUGGUAAAGGAUGCUUUUUCUGAAAUCCUUCACGAUCACUGCAAACCUUUAAAGAGAUACGCAAGAAUGACUUGGGCAGCAUUUGUGUUUCUAUCAGUGGUAAUGAUGGCUUUGGUACUUACAUGGACAACUGAAGCACACCAUGAGCAAGAACAUCAUUCUUUAGGUGGUUCAGUAAAACCACACUCUACAGCAGCAGAUUUGCCAGAAUCUGAGACCACUAAAGCAACUAACAAUGACCAAAUCCAGGUCUAG